AUUUUUCAUUUCCAUAUUUUUCCAUUUCCAUUCCAUUUCAAAAGGCAUUGUUCAGACUAAUAGCUGACUAUAAUUCCUUAAAAAACGUUGUGCACAUGCUAUUUUAAUCACAAUAUUAAUUUGCUUCAUUAUGAAAUGUAACACACUUCUUUUCUGAGCUAUGCCUAAGCCCUGUUUCUAUUAACUUGGAAGACUCUGAUGAUUGCCAAUAUUAUUGUUUAUUUUUUAUUUGUGUAUUCAGAGAUGACGCAACUCUGAGGCUGACGUAAUGUUUCACAAACAUUGCCUUCUGUGCGUACAUAACUUGAUUAAAAAGGGCUGCCGUUCCUUGUGCUUGUGUUUUCGGGGACGUCUAUUCACUUCUAUCCGCAAAUCAUGGAAACCAAUUCGCCAAACUCGGUCAUUUCUCCCGAACUUGCUGCUGCUUUUCAGUUCUCAACGUCAUUUUGCAGAAAGGAGGACGACAAGCCUUUAUCAGACCUCGAGCCAACUGAUGAUGGCAGGUGUUCCUUAGAUACCCAGAAAAGUAAUCUUAAAGACCGACGAAGAGCCAAGUCCCUACCUGUAUCCGCUGAACAGGCGUCUCUUUUCGAGAGCUGCGCAAAGAAAGUACAGUUUGCAGACACAUUUGGGCUCGACUUGGCGAAUGUAAAGCACUUCAGUGUAACAGAGGAUCCACACGUCCCUUCCAAAGUCUUCAGCAGAUUGAACAGCUACCCCCUUGAUGACAAACAGGACAAUGCCGUCGAUCUGUGUGAGACAUUUUCAUCUUCUUUAAAACUGUACCGUUUGAGCCCGACUUUCGCAAUGCCUGUUGAUUCAGAUGAUUUCGACGGACGUCUCCAGCAAUUUCGGGUUGCUUUGGAGAAAGUGUCUAUCACUCAUUUUGAAGUUAACGGUUUAAUUCGAGUGAUGGACAUAGAUUCAGUAAGGAAAGAAGUCGGAGUGAGGCAUACAUUCAAUGACUGGAUGACGUUCGUGGACACAAAAGCUGUGCUCGAGUCUCGCAAAGUUCACCAAGAACUUUGGAGUCAAUUUGUGUUUACUCUCUACAUACCUCCGUAUAUGAACCCAGGCUUCUCUGUACAGUUUGCUGUGUACCAUCUUACCGAUCAAGGUGACUUCUGGGACAAUAACGUGGGUCAAAAUUACACCCUCAGAUGGGAUUACACAUAGGUGACCAGCAGUCACCUGUCACCAGCAGAAUGUUGUCACAUCUUAAAAAUAUGGCAUAUGUUUGUAUGGGAAUUAACAGGGAAUUCAUGAAUUGACCAUUGUCAUUGUUGGCAAUAAACCUAAAAAAAAAAAAUCUAUGAUGCCUUGAAAUGUACUUUUAUCAUGUGCCUGGGGUGUUUAGCCAAAAGCAGAUUAAUGCAUUAACCUGGAAAAGGGAGUGGAGGGAAAAAAAACGAAA